AUGAAAACAUUUGUCAUUUUCAUCGUUACAUUAUUUCGAAUUUUUAUUCAUUGUCAAAGAAAUAAGAAUAACAUCGAAUAUCUGACACAAAUAUUAUAUGAAAAUAGAAAUGUAUCUAUUUAUGUAUCGAUUAGCAAUCAUGGCAGCGAUCCAAAAACAUGGUCUUUUUUUUAUGAUCCACUUGUCAUCUUAUCGAUAAAUGAUGAAAAAUGGUUAUCUCAACUUGACAAUGACAUAAGAAUUACUAUUCAUUUUAGUAAUGGUGAUCUCGAUCAUUUGACACGUACGACCAUUGCACCAUUGUUACAUUCUGAUGUUAGUCAAUUUGCUAUCAAUUGGCUAAUUGAACCAUUGCCCAUUGAUAUUCUAACUGCAUACAUUGUCGAUGAAUUUAAUCAACCAUUACCUGGUGUUCUGCCUUGUUAUCAGGCAUACGUUACAAAAACACUAGUGCCAUUUACAUGUCGAUUUGAAUGUUCAUCAACGGCCGUAGCAGUCAAUCUUGUAGAAAAGAUUCUAUGUGGAAAAUAUUCGAGUAAAUUCUUGUUUCAACUCAACGUUCCAGUCAUUCGUAAUCGAAUAUCCAAUGUACAGUUGAAAAACUUAGUUUCUUUCGCCACCAAAAAUCGACGACAGCAACAAUUUAUUCACUUAAGUCAAAUGUCAAAAUUUGUUGCAGAAUAUUUCAUUGCUGUCCAACAAUUGGAUGAUAAGAUUAGUGAAGAACAGUUACUUCAAUUAUUUCAACAAGGUAUGGAUACAACAACACGCUUAACACUUGAUAUUAGUUCUACUAAAGAUAUUUGGAUGUCCGAGGAUAUUCAAUCUCUACAGCAAAUAAUCAAUAAUGAUCUAUUUUAUAAGAGUCGAAGUCAGCAAGACGUUUUAUUCCAUGUGCGUAGUCAUCCGAAUGAUAAUCCGUAUUUUGCAAUCAAGACAGUGAGACAAACAUUAGCUGUUAAUGAAAUUGUGUCAAUAUUCGAGAAGAAGGAUUUGGACAUUGAAUGGACUAACGGACAGUGGGUUGUUCACACCAUCUAUGUUCAUCGGUUGCAAGAUAUUGUCGACGUGUUGCAUUUAAGUGUCAUCAACAACUUAUUUCGAGAAGAUGAGAUCAAUUCUACAUUCAUCAACGUCGUCAAUUGUAUAAGUUGGGCAAAGAAAUGUGUUUGUCAAUCGAACCGGCCAGCAAUGGUAUUCAAUCGUGAUGAUGGUACUCAACGUGCGGUCAUACCAACUGUAAAUCUCAAUUUUCGUAACACUAAUGAUCUCACUAUCGAAGUAAGAGUUCGACCGGAUUUAAUACCUGUAAAAGAAACACAUAUCUUCGAUUUACGUGGCCUAUUUACUAUUUCUUAUUUAUCUAACGGAAAAAUAUCUUUCACAGUCGGUGAGGCUAGUAAUAGUUUAUCCGUUUUUACUCCUCAACCAAUCGAAUUAGGUAAAUGGACACAUGUCGCUGGCGUCUUUGACACACUGCAUAGCAGUGUAAAUUUAUUUAUCAAUAGUCUUCUUGUUUCCACCGUGUCAUUCCUUAAUUCGCCUCUUCUGAGUAACUUCAACAUGGGCUCUUUGGUAUUGGGUAACAGUUAUAAGUUGAGCGUGCAACAAGGUUUUAUUGGUGCCAUGUGUGAUGUACGAUUAUGGAAUUGUAUUCGGACCUCUAACGAGAUAUUCUCUACCAUGAAUCUAACAUUAAUUGGAAACGAAACAUGUUUGAUUGGACUGUGGCCACUUAUGGAUGGAAAAGGACAAAUUAUUCAAGAUUUGACACGUUACGGUAAUGCCGGAACAUUAGGAAGAGAUGUGAACCCUGAUUUAGAUGAUCCAACAUGGGCCGUUGUUAAUUUACCGCCAGCUGUACCUAAACGAACGAUUACACCCAGGCCAUUUCGAUAUAAUCUAUCGAUACCAGUAAUCGUUCAAUGGGGAUUGCCAUACGAUUUGCCAGUCGGUGGUGAUUAUGAUGGUGAUGGCUUUGGUGAUUUUGCCAUUUGGCGCCCAACUACAUUGACGUGGUACAUUGUACCUAGUACUAAUCCACUAAUCAUUCUCACGAGAACAUGGGGUUUGCCUGGAGACACGCCGGUUGCUGGAGACUACGAUGGUGAUGGCAGAUUUGAUCAUGCAGUGUGGCGUAACGGUACGUGGUAUAUCAAUCCUUCGAGUAACCCAUCAGUUCAAUGGACGAAACAGUUUGGUUUAUCGGGGGAUAAACCUGUGCCGAAAGCCGAUUUUGACGGCGAUGGUCGAAGUGAUUUCUGUGUAUGGACACCUUCAAGUGGUAUUUUCACUUGGAUACCUUCGUCAAAUCCGUCGCUGAUUCUUAAACGACCAUGGGGUCUUAAUGGAGAUAUACCAAGAGCAACUGACUAUGACGGAGAUAAACAUACAGAUUUUGUUGUUUAUCGACCAGUAUCAGGAACAUGGUUCAUCAUACCGUAUUCGGGAUCUUCGGUAUUAAUCACACAACGAUGGGGAUAUUCAUUUGAUCUUCCAGUUGCCGGCGAUUUUGAUGGUGAUUUGAAGAGUGACUAUGCUUUGUGGCGGCCAAGAAAUGGUUCUUAUCUAUGGGAAAUUAUUCCGAGUAUUACACCUGUGGCCAUACUAAGAAAGCGAUGGGGUUUUGCAGGUGAUGUACCUGUAGUGGGUGAUUUCGAUGGCGAUAAACGAGCUGAUUUUACUGUAUGGCGACCAUCAGAUGGUUUCUGGUAUAUUCUUUUGAGUGACUCACCAGGAAUUCAAAUAAGUAAAAAAUGGGGCUCUCUGAAUGAUACAGCAGUGGCCGGUGAUUGGGACGGAGAUGGACUCACUGAUUACACAAUCUAUCGUCCGUCGACUGGCUUCUGGCACAUUAUGUUAAACAAAAAUCCUUUGAUACAAAUCGUAUUUCAAUGGGGCGUUGCAGCCUAUGGCGAUAUACCGGUACCGGGUGACUUUGAUGGCGAUUCAAAAUCUGAUUUUGCUGUUUGGCGACCGUCAACAGGUAUCUGGUACAUAUUGUUAAGCAGUAAUCCAGCUAAAAUAAUCAUGACACAAUGGGGUUUGCCCAACGACAUUCCAGUGACAGGUGUUGAUUUCGAUGCUGAUGGUAAAACAGAUAUAGCUGUGUAUCGCCCAUCAACUGGAUUCUGGUAUGUGAUACCGUCGAGUAAUCCAUCAUUCCGAUUCGGACCACCACUGGGGAUCAUUCGCCCAUUGAAAUCACUACCCCCGGCUGCAGCAUCAGAAACACCAGUGGCAGCGGCAGUGGCAGCAGACAAAGCUCAAGCGGGACAACCGAUUCCAUCACCAGAAGACAAUGCUAAUAAAGGCUAA